AUGACUCUUGUUCUUUUGCAAAAAAUUCUUUUGCUUCAAGUGAUUGAAGAUGAUCCAGAGACAGGCUGCUUUUUUGUUGGAAGGGGAGGAAUUCCAAAUUCUAAAGGUGUGCUGGAGUGUGACGCAGCAGUAAUGGUGGGAGAUAAAUGCCGUUUUGGUGCAGUUGCUGCUUUGCAAGGAGUUGCGAUGCCUCUCUCAGUUGCUAGAUGUGUGAUGGAGAAAUCACCCCAUAGCAUGCUAGUGGGUGAAGGUGCACAGGAAUUUGCCUCUAGGAAUGGGUUCCCUGUGGAAUCAAAUUCAUUGUUACAGACCAAGACGUCAAGAGAAGCAUUUGAGAAGUUCCUUGUGAAGUCAGUCGAAGUCGAAGCAGGCAGCCACGACACAAUAGGCAUUAUAGUGCUGGACUCCAAAAGACACAUGGCUGCAGGUGUUUCAACAAGUGGGUGUUCCUUCAAACAUCCUGGCCGAGUCGGAGACUCACCCCUUCCUGGGUCAGGAUUGUAUGCUGAUGAUGAGAUUGGUGCUGCAGCAGCUACUGGAGAUGGAGACAAAAUGAUGAGGUUUUGCCCUGCUUUUCAUGCAGUCCAACUCAUGAAAGAGGGUUAUUCUCCCCAAGAGUCGUGCGAGUUGGUUGUAAAAGAAGCACAGCGAAAAGCAGGAAUGACCUCAAAACCAUUUGAAAUGGCCUUGAUUGCCAUCAACAAAAAGGGUGAUUUUGGGGCAGCUGGCACUGUUCCGUUUUUUGAAGAUCAAAAACUGAAAACUUCAUAUUCUGGAUUUCCAUUUGUUGUCUGGACUGAAGAAAUGACAGCACCAGAAAUCAGAGUCCAACCCCCUGUCUGCUGGUAAUCCAGUAUUUUUUAGAGUACAGGACUCUCACAUAGACUGUGAGCAACCAUUCAUUUUAUUUUUUUAACUCCUUCAAGCACAACACAAAAGAAAGUGCACCAGGCUGGGAAGAGAAAAAGGAGUUGCUGGUCGAACUGCACAUUGGACAUGUCAUAUCGAUAAAUGUGACAAUGUUUUGAUUUAGGAAUGUCUCUAUGUUUGUAGGUUGUUGGGAGCUAAGAUUGCUCCAACCUGGAGUAUAUCCUAAUAUGUUGUUAUUUAUGCAAUCAUCCCACAAGAGUGAAAACAUUAUGAAAUAAAUUUAAUUUUAUUAUUUA